AUAGUGAGCGUGUUAUGUUAGUUUUUUGCAGGUGCUUAGAUAAGUUUAUAGUGACAACAAACGCUUACUAACAAUGGGCGGUGUUAUAGCUGCAAGAGCGGAAAUGUAAUAACAGAAGAAAUGAAAAUGCACUGGAUGCUUAGAAUAACUUAUCUGGGUCUAGGUGCCCAUUAUCAUGUACACUGGAAAUUGUGUAGAGAAAUAAACCUCCAUGUUUACAUGAGAGAAAUGUCAAGGCAGUUGUGGGAAGUGCAUGCAUUUUGGCUCCCUGCAGAAGAUCUCACUGACAUGGAUCAUGAACCAGUUUACAGUAAAGAAGGCCUGUCCACUGCAGAGGCACUUACUCGAUUGCACCAAGAUAUAGAAUCUGUUCUCAAGGAACAUCAGUUGUGCCAUAAGAAAAGGUUCAGUAACAUAUGGCAUAAGCAAUGGUUGAGAGAUGCACUACACCAUGAAAGUCGAUACACAACCUUUUGUUGGACAUCUGCAGUUGCCAUUCUUGCUUGCAGUUUUGCGCUGUUUUUUGCAUAUAUUGUAGAUAAAAGUGACAGGUUAUGCUGUCUACUCACACAAGGAAUACUGCUUCUUCUACUAUUGGUGAUCAAUGUAUAUUUGGUUUUGAGAGAGAACAAAUUGCGGCACUCUGAAAUGACUACAAGAAUUCUUGAAAUUCUUCAUCAGUUAAAAGAUGCUUCGGAGACGUGUCAGUGGUAUCCAGAAAAUUACCCACACUUGUGCUCACCAGUCUCACCUUGCAUUACUCUGCAAUGGACUUAUCGUGAUGGAAAACUGGUGAACUUGCCAUGGGCACUCCUUGUGCGUGAUGAUAUUGUCGUCAUCAGACCUGGACAACAGGCUCCUGGGCGAUGUUCUCCGCUCAAUGACCCAGAUGCACCGGAGCUUGAUGCACAUCAGUUUUAUAGUCCACACAAUGACAGAGAUCCUCCUCCAAGCACACCUGUAGCAAGGAAUCCACUAUCAAAUAAAUACUAUAUAAUGCGUGAAACCCCAUAUUUGAGAAAUCUAAAGCUUGUGCUGGACCGUUCACUUGACAGACCUGUAACUCGUUUCAAUCAGUAUCGUUAUUUGCUCACAAUAUCAUUUUAUGAACGGAGGCUGCUACCUGCCAUUUUGGGAUGCACAUUGGCGGUCAGUUGUCUUCGAUAUGUUUAUCUACAUCCUUGGGCAGGAGCAGGCCCAUGGCCAGAAAUGUUCCUUACUCAACUCGUGAGUGUCUCUCUCCCAUUUUUGCCACUGGUUUUCCCAGCAGCAUGGGUGUUGCUUACGUGUGUCGGCACUGCUCGCAUCCAUGCCAUACUCCAUGCAAAUAUCAAACAGGUUCCUGUGGACCCAUUUGAAGACACUGACCUCACAGAACCCAAACAUGGUGCUGUAGAUGUGAGCUGGAAAAGCGUGAAAGAGUAUUUCCUGAAAGUGCUGUGGGGUAGUGGAGAAAUACCAUCUCGAUCAGCAAAUUUGUUGCAUGUUUUGGGAUCCGUGACAGCAUUGUGCUGUGUUGACAAGAAGGGGAUAUUGUCAUGGCCCAAUCCUACAGCAGAGAAGGUAUUUUUUCUUCGAAAUACUUCCCGUCCUACAAAAUCUUUGAGUCAUGAGAGUGUAGCGACUGGACAAGGAGAACAGAAGCAACAAAUUGUGAACCAGGAUUCUGCUGAAGAAGAAAAACUUUCAAAGUCUAGUCAGUUAAAACAUGAUACUCAUGUGCAGACAGUUGCAGAAGUUUUGGAUCUCACACAUGAUCAUACCAGUGCUUUUCGAUUACAAUUUGAUGAUCACACUUGGAAGCAACAUUUAAAUUCUUUGAAACCUCUGGGUUUAGCUAUACUCCUGAACACAUGCAAUAUGGAGACUCAGGAGCAUUAUUCACAAUUCUGUGCCCAUGUCACAUGUGAAGCUCUGCACUCGGAGAACCUUGUGCCAGUAACCAAUCGUAGAUGUCUGUGUGAACUAGCCAAACAAAUAGGAUUUGUUGACCAAGCUCAGGACAUAUUCAAACUAGAGGAGCAAUUAUCAACUUUCAGGCAUGUUCAACCAGAGUUGGUGCGCCGUGAUAUCAAGUUUGCUAGAUCUUUACCGAUAGCAAAGUUGAAGUUCCCUUUUCCUCACAUGGUUGCUGUUGUAGUUCGAGAACACAGUAGAAGAAAUUUGCAGCUCAUGGCUCAGGGCACUGCAGACAUCAUACUAGACGCAUGCAUUGAGUUCUGGGAUGGUUAUGAUUUAUGUCCACUAACUGCAAGUGACAGGAAGAAAAUCCAAGACUUCUACCAGCGCACAAGUCUGACUGCUUACUGCACAGCUUUUGCAUAUCGUCCUUUGACCCGAUCUGUGAAUAGCAAGCUUUCAAAUGUUUAUUUGGAACUGCCAGCUGACAGUAAGCACCUGUAUGCGCCACAUCGAAGCCCUACACCACUUGCAUGGGAUCCUCGUUGCAGAGGCAUUCUUAGUCGUUUCCAUUCUACAGAUUCACUGUUGGGUAAUGAAGGCCAUGAGGAUGAUGUUGAUGAUGUUGAGGGUUGUUUUGAGCUGCAGUGCAACCAAGUAUUUAUUGGAAUGGUAACAAUGCAGUAUCAAGCUCAGAUUGAUAUGGUUCAACUUAUAGAGCAGUUAGAAAGAGCUUGUAUCCGAUUUGUACACUUCAGUAAAGAGAAUGAACUUCGUUCACGUGUUUUCUCAGAAAAAAUGGGCCUGGAGAGCGGUUGGAACUGCCAUAUAUCUUUGCUGAGUGAGCGUAACAGAUCCGACAGCGGUCAGUCAGACUCAUGGCCUAAUGUGGGUUUUCGACUGUCUUCUCCUUCAUCUCUUCCCAAGUGCUGCACCCUGCCAAAUGAUGAGCAUGCAGAUGAAGCUGCUGGUUUACUCAGUACUCGCAGUGCUGUGGGGAAUUCUAAGGCGCUUAGCUUCUCUGCUCCUAGUGCGAUCAAUUUGGAUUUCUCGCAAGUUAAAUUUGAGGAUGAAACACAUGAUAUGUGUGAUGAAUCUUCUAUUCCUCAGCCUGAAGCACUUACACGAAGCAGUAUAAAUGAUGAACGAGUGACUAGCCAGGACAGCAUGCUAGUGCACAGUGUAGACCUAAGUUCGCAGACAGAAGUCUGGCGUUCCCUUAGCUGUCUUACUGAUAGCACUGAGCAGAGUGGCCUCAACAUUGACAUAUCAAAUCGUGCAAAGCUACCUCGUGGCAUAGACAAAAUCCGUCCACACUUAGAGCAGAUUGACAAUGUUCCGCUACUCGUUUCGUUGUUCACAGACUGUACGCCAUUAACAACAUGUGAAAUGUUGCAUAUUAUGCAAGAGUACAAAGAAGUGGUAUGUGUUUUGGGAUCUGCAGCAAAUGCUGAUAACAUGCCCAUUUUUUUACAAGCUGAUGCAAGUUUCGCUGUGGAGCCUCUGUACCCUCAGGUCUGCCAGAAAAUACCUGCAUUUAUGCCUACAAAAGCAGCUCAAGGAGUUUCUCCUGUGGAGUUAAAUCGUAUGCUCAAUUCAAUUGCUUGCUCAAUUACCUUCCAUAGGGAGGAUCCAGUCUCCAUCUUUCACUUAAUAUUGGAGGCUCGUCACUUUAUGCAGUCAGUAACCAACAGUGUCCAGUUUUGGAUGUGUUGUGUGGCCAGUAUAUCAGUAGUGCAGGUUCUGGCCAUUAUCUUCAUGCUGCCUCCAAUCUUCUCUACAGGGCAUAUAAUGUGGCUGGUUUGCAUUAUAGUUCCUCUUCUGUCACUGUCCCUUGUUGGAAAACCGACUGAUCCUCAGGUGAUGCACAGAGCCACUGGGAAAAAUGAAUGUGUUUUCAAUACCCAGGUGGCUAUUUUCAUACUGUGGUGCUAUGGUGCCAAGUUUGCCCUUUCCUGUGUGGCAGUCCUGCUUGUCUAUGUGACAGUGCUCAAGUCAGAAUGUGAUGUUGUGACGGCUUUGUCUGGUGAAAGCAAUAUGACUUGCACAGUUGUGUAUCCUGUAUUACAAGAAGAAUGGGGUGGUUGGGAUCAGCGCAGUCAUGGCUUGCUCUUUGCCCAGCAUGCUGCACUCUCUGCUGCUGUCCUCUUCUUUGUUACGAUAUCUGCUUGCUUUGUACACAGAGAGUAUUCUUUGUGGGUGAAAAGUCCACACAGUAACAUUGUGUGGUUGGCGGCUACAAUGAUCACGUUGCUGCUGCAGAUGUCUUUCUUUGGUAUAAGUUUCUUUGUGUUGUGGUCAAAUCCGGACACCAUUUUGACCGAUAUUCAAGUGCCAUACAAUGCCAUCAUUAUUGGCAUUAUUUCUCCUUUUGUAAUAGUUUCAGUGAAUGAACUUAUCAAAAGGGAAGAAAUUAAGGUCAAUGUUCGAUAUCAGAAACGGGCAAGACUUGAAUUUGGUACAAAAUUAGGAAUGAAUUCACCAUUCUAGACAUACAUAAAGUGUAGCUAUUGCCUUUUACACUUGUAUUAUGUUAUUGCAGAGUUGUAUCUUGCUUCCUCACACGUCAAAGUGAAGGAACAGAUUUACAUUGGAAUAAUUGAAGUGAAUGAAGGAUAACUGUACUAAAAGCUGGACGAAUAAGGAAUGUAAGGAGAGGUUACAAACUUUAGUGAGCAGACUAUCGGGUAGACUGACAAGGAAUACAAUAGAAACUGUUGCCAGUACAAAACAAAGAGGCAUUGUUUGUUGAAUAUGCAAAGAAUACAAGUAAAGAAUAAUACUUCACACUGUGAUAGGGGUUCCUAAACACAAAACUUGGGGCAGUUAAACAAGAUCAUGAAAUUCAGAAAUAUCAAACUAAUAGCAAAAAAUAAUGUGUGAAAAUGAAAAGGCUAGGAGUUUUCAAGAAAUUUCGUAUGGAGAUGGGAUGGUUAGUGUCCACUAUUUCUCAUGUCUGUCAUGUGUUUUAUGACAAAUGUGUUAGAGUAAUCAUUAACAUUGAAAACCAGUUUGUGGAUGAGGCAGUGAAUGUUUUUUUCCCCAAUGCUUGUGGAUCCCAUGUGUACCUGGUGCAAGAACUAUGUCAGCCAGUGGAAAAUCACUGUCGCGUACAGAAUUUUGUUACUCUCUGGAUCUUUCUGUCAAGAUCGUUUUCUGCCUAUCUCAUUAUUACUAUCCUUCAAAUCUCUCUGGCAUUCCAUUCCUUUUAUUUAAUCUGUAGAUUGUUUCCCCCAUUUGUCUUGCUGUUCUUGAGUUGCUGACUGUCA